AUGGAUGAGAAGCCUUCUACCAGGAAAGGUCCAGGUUUCUGUUCAUUACGCUAUGGGCUGGCUCUCAUCAUGCACUUCUCAAACUUCACCAUGAUAACCCAGCGUGUAAGUCUGAGCAUAGCAAUUAUCGCCAUGGUGAACAGCACUGAGCAACACAAUAUAUCUAAUAUCUCCACAGAGGGAGCUCUUGCAGAUACGCUCAGUAACCCCAGCAGAUCCAUCAAGGAAUUUGACACAGAGGCCUCUGUAUAUGAAUGGAGUCCAGAAACUCAGGGUAUCAUCUUUAGCUCCAUCAACUAUGGAAUAAUAUUGACUCUGAUCCCAAGUGGAUAUUUAGCAGGAAUAUUUGGAGCAAAACACAUGCUUGGUGCUGGUUUGCUGAUCUCUUCCGUUCUCACCCUCUUUACACCAUUGGCUGCCAACUUUGGAGUGAUUUUGGUUAUUGUGAUUCGGGCAGUCCAGGGCAUGGCCCAGGGAAUGGCAUGGACGGGUCAAUUUACAAUUUGGGCAAAAUGGGCUCCCCCACUGGAACGAAGCAAGCUCACUAGCAUUGCGGGAUCAGGGGUAGCAUUUGGAUCCUUCAUCAUUCUCAGUGUGGGGGGACUAAUUUGCCAGGCCUUAGGCUGGCCUUUUAUCUUCUAUGUCUUCGGUAGCAUUGGCUGUGUCUGCUGUCUCCUGUGGUUCACAGUGAUUUACGAUGACCCCAUGCAUCACCCAUGCAUUAGCAUAAGGGAAAAGGAACACAUCAUGUCCUCAUUAGCUCAACAGCCCAGUUCUCCUAGACGAUCUGUCCCAAUAAAGGCUAUGGUCAGAUGCCUGCCACUUUGGGCCAUUUUCACAGGUUUUUUCAGCCAUUUCUGGUUAUGCACCAUAAUCAUAACGUACCUACCAACGUACAUCAGUUCUAUGCUCCACGUUAACAUUAGAGAUAGUGGGGUUCUAUCUUCCCUGCCUUUUAUUGCUGCUUCAAGCUGUACGAUUCUAGGAGGUCAGUUGGCAGAUUUCCUUCUGUCCAGGAAUCUUCGAUUAAUCACUGUGCGAAAACUCUUUUCGUCUCUAGGCCUCCUCCUUCCAUCACUGUGUGCUAUGGCCCUACCAUUUGUGGCUUCCAGUUACAUGACAACCAUUAUUUUGCUGAUACUUAUUCCUGGGACCAGCAACCUGUGUGACUCAGGGUUUAUCAUCAACACCUUAGAUAUUGCCCCCAGAUACUCAAGUUUUCUUAUGGGAAUCUCAAGGGGAUUUGGGCUCAUCGCUGGAAUUAUCUCUUCCACUGCCACUGGAUUCCUUAUCAGUCAGAAUUCUGAGUCGGGAUGGAGGAAUGUCUUUUUCCUGUCAGCUGCUGUCAACAUGUUUGGCCUGGUCUUUUACCUCACAUUUGGACAAGCCAAAAUCCAGGACUGGGCCAAAGAGGAGAACCUCACUCGCCUCUGA